GGACAUUGACAUGAACUUCUGGGUUAUUAAUGAAGCAACUUGUCUCUUUCUCACUCUCUUUGACUUGAACCCCAUUCCGCCCUUUUACAACAUUGUUGGCGCAAGUCACUUCUGGAUUUUGAUUUCUAGCAUCUAGACAUACAAUCAAUCACUGCACAUUACACACCAAUCCGAGCAUUAUACGGGGAGGCGCAACACCAACUUCACCUCGAAUCCUCAUCUCGAACCACAUCGCCAUCUUCCCACAUUCCUCCCACCAGAACAAAUCAAAACCGCAAUCAUGUCGGACCUCGACCACUUCAGCAUGCUCCCCAUCCACAUGGACCCCCAGUCCAAGGCCAUCCUCCCCUCCGGCAGCAGACCAUCGCGCGCCCUCGCCGCCGAGCUGGAGAAGCUCAACAACCUGCACCGCGCCAUCCUCAACAUCGAGGUUCCCCCCGGCGCGAUCCCGCUGGUGCCCCCGCCCCCGAUCCCCGUCAACCCGAAGCGCACGGCCAACGUCUCGAAGCUGCGCGACAGCGGCAACACCGAGUAUCGGAAGCAAAAGUACGCAGAGGCCGUCAAGUUUUAUACGCAGGGCAUCGAGAUGGCGCUGCAGCGGCCGCUGUGGGAGCCCGCGGCGUUGGUGAGGGAGGAGGUGUCCAUGCUGUAUGCCAACCGCGCGCAGUCGCACAUGGCUAUGGGGAACUGGCCUGAGGGGGCGGUGGAUGCUGAGGCCAGUGUUGAGGCGCGGAGGGUGGGCAAUGCGAAGGGGUGGUGGCGUAGGGGCCGGUGCUUGACGGAGAUGGGGAGGUUGGAUGAGGCGCGGGAGUGGGUGAAGAGAGCGUUGGAAAUGGAGGGCGAGGAGGCCGACUUGGUGACGCUGCUCAAGGACAUUGAGGAGAGGAUUGAGAAGUCGCGGGCGUAGAGUGUUCCGGCUUUGAAGCCUCGUGGGAAGAAGGGGAGGGGGAAGAAGGCGCGCGCUCAACGGGGAUGGGGUGGGAGUGAAGUGAAGUGAAUUGAUCUAGUUUUUGGGUCAUUGUUGAGUGUUGAGACUGGGUUGGUUGGUUGUACGUUUAGACGCGAGGUCUGGAAGCAAGGGAUGGGAGUAGAUGGCGUUGGGAGCACAUUUGUAUGUAGUACUUGCUUUGGUACCGCAGUGAUUUGAGGUAUCCGGUAUUUGGAAUUUGUUUUACACAUUGUUGCUGUUUGUCUGCUUUGUCUGUUUGUUUGUGAUUGGGUUUCUGGGUACAUGGGGUUCCAAUUACCAAGAACUUGCCUUUUCUGUGAAGUCUUGUCCUUGAUACAGACUUAACCCUGCCGCUACUAUCAGUCCUGUUACAUAUCAAAGAGCUACACUAACGAAGGAAAUAAGAGUAAGACAUUGUCCAUAAAAAC